CUAGACGCCUAGACUUAAAGCCAAUUGUACAGUAAAGACUGUAAAGGCAUCUGCAGCUUACACUUUUCGAACGCAAUGGACGUCGCAAGAGGAGCCACUCAGCUUCUCUCUUCCCAGAACGUCGGAGAUCUUGUCGAUUCCGUCGAAGCUUUUCUCUUCGACUGCGACGGUGUGAUUUGGAAGGGUGAUGCACUUAUUGAUGGCGUCCCGCAGACAUUGGAUAUGCUUCGCUCCAAGGGAAAGAAGUUGGUGUUUGUGACCAAUAAUUCCACAAAAUCAAGGAGGCAAUACGCUAAGAAAUUUCAUUCCUUGGGAAUUUCUGUCAAUGAGGACGAGAUAUUCUGCUCAUCCUUUGCGGCUGCUAUGUUCUUGAAGGUCAAUAAUUUUCCAAGAGAAAAAAAGGUUUAUGUGAUAGGUGAGGAAGGUAUAUUGGAAGAGUUGGAGCUUGCUGGAUUUACUGGUCUUGGUGGCCCGGAGGAUGGCAAAAAGACAGUACAGCUGAAACCAAAUUGCCUCUUUGAACAUGAAAAGACUGUAAUGUAUCAGAUUGAUUCUAAUUUCUUUGAGAAUUUUACUUUGUGUUGUUUGCUUGCUAUUGAAAUGCUGCAGAACUCCUAUUCCCAGGUUGGAGCUGUAGUUGUUGGACUAGAUCAGUAUAUUAACUAUUACAAGCUUCAAUAUGGAACCCUUUGCAUUCGUGAGAAUCCUGGAUGCCUUUUCAUUGCUACUAAUCGCGAUGCAGUCGGACAUAUGACUGAUUUGCAAGAGUGGCCUGGUGCAGGGUGUAUGGUGGAUGCUAUUUGUGGAUCAACCCAGAAGGAGCCUAUUGUAGUUGGAAAGCCGUCCCCCUUUUUAAUGGACUUCUUAGUACAAAAGUUAGCAUUCUGAUUGGAAUCAUUGUAUAAAUUACAAUCAUGUAAAUUCAGGCACAUAAUCUACAAUACAACUCAUCUUUUUACUGAAAUCACAUGCUUUAAUCAGAACCUU